AUGAUUAUUAUAGAGGUUUGUAUAACCUCUCAGUUGAUAAGCUGGUGUGCUUCUUAUGAUAAGCAAAUCUGCUUAUCAACUCUUACCCUAUCAUCUCGUACUACUCGUAUUCUUCACCACUAUUUAUAUCGUGUGUCUUUGUUUUCCGAUUCACAUCUCUCUCUGUGCUUUCUCUCUCUUGAAAUCCCUAAAGGAAGAGGGAGAAGAAAUAUUUUCAGUAAAAGGGAAUUCGUUUCUCUCUCUCUACAAACCCUCAGAUCUGUUUCUGUAAUCUUUCAUCCUCCAAUUCGAAGCUUUUGGGGAAAAGCGAAAAGCUAUGUCGUCCCUUAGUAGAGAGCUUGUGUUUUUAAUACUUCAGUUUUUAGAUGAAGAGAAGUUUAAGGAGACUGUUCACAGGUUAGAGCAAGAAUCAGGCUUUUUCUUCAACAUUCGUUACUUUGAAGAAAUGGUGACAAAUGGCGAGUGGGAUGAGGUGGAAAAGUAUCUUUCAGGAUUCACAAAAGUGGAUGAUAACAGAUAUUCAAUGAAGAUCUUCUUUGAGAUACGAAAGCAGAAGUACCUAGAAGCUCUAGAUAAGAAGGAUCGUGCUAAAGCCGUUGAAAUUCUAGUGAAAGACUUGAAGGUGUUUUCAGCUUUUAAUGAAGAUCUUUUUAAAGAAAUCACACAGCUUUUGACUCUUGAGAAUUUUAGGGACAAUGAGCAAUUAUCAAAAUAUGGAGACACAAAGUCAGCCAGAGGUAUAAUGUUGGGUGAGCUUAAAAAGCUGAUUGAAGCCAAUCCUCUGUUUCGUGAUAAGCUAAACUUUCCAACUUUAAAAAACUCAAGAUUGCGAACACUUAUCAAUCAAAGUCUGAAUUGGCAACAUCAACUAUGCAAAAACCCAAAGCCAAAUCCAGAUAUUAAAACUCUGUUUGUUGACCAUUCUUGUGGUCAAUCACAGCCAAAUGGUGCAAGAGCUCCAUCUCCUGUAAAUAAUCCAUUAAUGGGCUCUGUACCAAAGCCUGCAGGCUUUCCACCUUUGGGUGCUCAUGGUCCUUUUCAGCCUACACCAGCAACCAUACCAACAUCACUUGCUGGUUGGAUGGCAAAUCCUUCACCUGUUCCUCAUCCAUCAGCUUCUGCAGGUCCUCUUGGUUUCAAUCCACCGAAUAACUCUGCUUUAUUAAAGCGCCCCAGAACGCCUCCUACCAAUAAUCCUGCUGUUGACUAUCAAACAGCCGACUCUGAACAUGUAUUGAAAAGAACAAGAACAUUUGGAAUAUCUGAGGAAGUGAAUCAUCUGCCUGUGAAUAUCUUACCUGUUGGCUACAGUGGUCAAAGCCAUGGUCAAAGCUCAUACUCUUCUGAUGAUUUACCUAAAGCUGUAGUGAUGACACUUAACCAGGGUUCAGUAGUCAAGAGCAUGGAUUUUCAUCCAGUUCAGCAAAUUUUGCUUCUUGUUGGAACAAGCACUGGAGAAGUCAUGAUAUGGGAAUUAGGUAGUAGAGAGAAACUUGCUCAUAAAAAUUUCAAGGUUUGGGAUCUUGGUGCUUGUUCAAUGCCUUUGCAGGCUGCUUUGUCUAGUGACUAUACCGCAUCAAUCAACCGUGUAACUUGGAGCCCUGAUGGAACCCUUUUCGGUGUUGCAUACUCAAAGCAUGUGGUGCAGAUAUACUCUUACCAUGGUGGUGAUGAUCUUCGAAACCACUUGGAGAUUGAAGCUCAUGUGGGGAGUGUCAAUGAUCUUGCUUUCUCUUACCCAAACAAACAACUUUGCAUUGUGACUUGUGGAGAAGACAGGUCAAUAAAGGUCUGGGAUGCAGUAACAGGGACAAAACAGUACACAUUCGAGGGUCAUGAAGCUCCUGUAUAUUCCGUAUGUCCACAUUUCAAAGAAAACAUUCAGUUUAUUUUCUCAACUGCAACGGAUGGAAAAAUAAAAGCAUGGUUAUACGACAACAUGGGUUCAAGAGUUGACUAUGAUGCGCCAGGUCAUUCAUCAACAACAAUGGCAUACAAUGCAGAUGGAACAAGGUUAUUCUCAUGUGGGACAAAUAAAGAAGGUGAAUCAUACAUAGUGGAAUGGAAUGAAAGUGAAGGAGCUGUGAAACGUACAUAUAAUGGGCUUGGAAAACGAUCUGUUGGUGUUGUUCAGUUUGAUACUACAAAAAACCGUUUUCUUGCUGCUGGGGAUGAAUUUUUAAUUAAAUUUUGGGAUAUGGAUAGUGUUAAUUUAUUAACAACUAUUGAUGCUGAGGGUGGUUUACCUGCUUCUCCUUGCAUAAGGUUUAACAAAGAAGGGAUUUUAUUAGCUGUUUCAACAAACGAAAACGGGAUUAAAAUUUUAGCAAAUCCAGAUGGGAUUAGGCUGCUAAGAACCAUGGAGAGUCGUUCUUUUGACCCCUCAAGAGUUGCAUCUGCAUCUGUUGUGAAGACUUCCCCGAUGAGUACGUUUGGUGCUGCUAAUCCGUCUGCUGGACCAAGCAUCAUGGAUAGAGUUCCACCAAUGCCAUCAAUGGUUGCAAUGAAUGGUGGUGACAAUCGAAGCUUGGUUGAUGUGAAGCCUAGAAUUGUAGACGAAUCAAUGGAUAAAUCACGGAUAUGGAAGCUAACAGAAAUCACCGAACCCGCACAAUGUCGAUCAUUACGCCUUCCCGAUACAACAUCUUCAGCAAUGAGGGUUUCAAGAUUGAUUUAUACAAAUUCAGGACUUGCAAUAUUGGCUCUAGCAGCCAAUGCAGUUCAUAAACUAUGGAAAUGGCAACGAAAUGACCGGAAUUCAUCUGGGAAGGCUACUGCGAAUGUUGUCCCUCAAUUAUGGCAACCUACAAGUGGUAUUUUGAUGACUAAUGUUAUUAGUGAUGCUACAAACCCUGAAGAAGCUGUUCCAUGUUUUGCACUCUCAAAAAACGACUCCUAUGUUAUGUCUGCAUCUGGUGGAAAGAUUUCUUUGUUCAAUAUGAUGACAUUUAAGACCAUGACUACAUUCAUGCCACCACCACCUGCCGCCACAUUUCUGGCAUUCCAUCCACAAGAUAACAACAUUAUAGCAAUAGGCAUGGAGGAUUCUUCUAUUCAGAUAUACAAUGUCCGAAUCGAUGAGGUUAAAACAAAGCUUAAAGGGCAUAACAAACGAAUAACAGGCUUGGCCUUUUCUAACAUUCUUAAUGUUCUAGUAUCUUCCGGAGCCGAUUCUCAGCUGUGUGUUUGGAGCACGGAAGGAUGGGAGAAACAAACAAGUAAACACUUACAGAUUCCAGCUGGACGUGUUGCUGCUCCCAUAGUGGACACACGUGUACAAUUCCAUAAUGAUCAAACACAUUUGCUAGCAGUUCAUGAAACUCAAAUAGCUAUUUAUGAAGCACCUAAACUUGAACGACUCAAACAGUGGGUCCCACAAGAAACAAGUGGUUUAAUCACACAUGCUACUUAUUCAUGCGAUAGCCAAUCGAUUUACGUGGGCUUUGAAGAUGGAAGCGUCUGUAUCCUAACCGCCUCAACUCUCAGAUUGCGAUGUCGUAUCAGUUCCACCGCCUACUUGCCGUCAAAUCCAAAUUCUCGGGUGUAUCCACUUGUGAUUGCUGCACAUCCGACAGAAGCGAAUCAAUUUGCGUUAGGACUGACAGAUGGCGGUGUGAUAGUGCUGGAGCCGCAAGAAUCGGAAGGGAAAUGGGGGACAUCGCCUCCACUUGAGAAUGGGGCGGGGCCCAGUAGCAUGACACCUGGCGCAACGAGUACAACUGAUCAAACACAGAGGUAAAAGUGAAAACAAAAACCUCGGAGUAUUAAAAAGGAAAAGGAUAAAAAAGAGUUACUUAGGUACAGGAAGGAGUUGUAGGAGGCAGUGAUUGAUACCUGGUCUGUAGUGACAUUUAGAAUCGGGUAUUAUAGAUGAAGAUGAUUGAUGAAUUAUGGUGUAAAGUUUUUCGAUGAAACUGCAAAUCUUUAAAGAUAUGUUGUCAAGAAGGUUGUGUUUUAAGUUUAUUAGCACAUACAAAGGUUUUGGUGGUGACAUUGACAUUUACAUUGUGUUUGUUGAUAUCAACUCUUUUUAUUACUUGUUUUUUAAUCAUAUGUAUCCUCAUGUGGAGAAUUUGGUGGUUUGGGUGGAGAAUAAUAA